GGGCAAUUGAUGGUCUCUUCCACAGUUGACCCCUGGCCUUAUUCUGACUGAGGAUAUUCAGCUUCUCCAUCAUCUCUUCUCACAGAUGUAGUUGAUUUGUUUUCUGUGUAUUUCAUUCAGUGAAGUCCACAGGUACAGUCGCCAUUUAUGUUGUUAAAAAAAGCUGUUUGCAAUGAAUAUGUCAUUGUUCUUGCAAAAUUCUAUCAUGUCAUCUCCAGCAUUGUUUCUGUCACCAAGGUCGUAUUUUCCCACUACUGAUCCUUCUUUGUUUUCAACUUUUGCAUUCCAGUCACCAGUAAUUAUCAAUGCAUCUAAUUGCAUGUUUGAUCGAUUUCAAACUGCAGAAGUUGGAAAUCGUAAGUUAUAUUUGGGGAUAAUUGGGACAACAAGUGGAAAAGAAAAGUAGAACAUGUGUCCUCAAAUUCAUCUGUGUAAUUUCCUACCUUUUCAUUUGGAGGUAUUUGUCAAAUAUAUUAGUUGAAAUUCACACAGGGUGAAUUGGACUUGUAAAAAGCUACUAAAAGUUCAAGUUUUAUAUUUAUAUGAAGUUUUACAUUGAUAUUAAAUGUAAUGUGAGUGAGCUUGCGUCAUCUUGCUCAGUUCUUGCCUCCUCCUCAGGCCUCAUUGCCCGUCAUGAUGCUGUCAUUCUGUCUCCUUGUAUAUAUAGCAUAAUGACUGGUUAGUGUUAGAAUACUUUCAGUGGAAGGGGUCUUCAGAGAUCCAUUUAAAGUAGCAAAUGGUUAUUCAGAUGUGCUUUAAUUUUGGGUAUAUUGUUCUUUGUUUUGGUGGAAUAGACAGCAAUAAAGCUGGAGGAGUAAAAUAGAUAAGAGAGAUGAUUAUUGUGUACUCUAUGAAGGCAUCGUUGGGAUAAUACAUAAAAAAAACAAAAACACAGAAAUCCACAAGAGUACUGCCAUAGUAGUGAUUUCAUCUUUCUGUUUGUUUCAUUAUGCCUUGAAAUCAGGUAUCAGAAUCAGUGUGUGAAUGGGAAGCAAUUGAGUCAUUUGCCCUGAGUAUUCAGACUCCAUGUAAGUGAAGUGCUGAGUCUGGAGACCCUAUAUAAGUGAAGAACUAUGUUUUAUUUCAGAAUUUCUCUUUUGAGAGGGAUCAUGAGCCUGUGAAUUGUUAUUAUUGUUGUUACUAAGUGGCAUAGAUGAGAGGUUUAACCUAAGAAAUGGUUGUUUAGAGUAUACGUUCAAUCAACAGGAAGGACAUAUAUAUAUUGAAAAUGCGUUCUCUGGUCUGAAAGUAUUAUCUGGAAACUUUCAUUCUAUUAUUUGGAGUGUCUUCAAUGGGCAUUUACAACAUUUGCUUGGGUACAGUGCUUAUGGUUAAAAUAGUCCGAAGUCUUAAGUUCUGUGUCUGGUUAUUGUGUUGUGUUGUGCGGUAGUAAUUCUGUAAGUUAUUUAUAAUAAAAGCGAAAACACUGGAGAAAUGAUCUGUUGAUUUUGCAACAAGGGAACACUGUUAAACUUCCAAAGUAGAUUCAGAAGUUGAGAUGUUCUGCCUCUCCCCCCACCCCAACAUCCUGUUUCAUCACAAAUAUUUAUCAUUUUAUUCAUCGGUUUUCUACGCGCCUUGUGGGCUGUUGUGGUUCCUGUCACUCUGCCAAGAGGGUUGGAGAAUGCCUCUCCACAGGUAGCUUGGGGUAUCUGGCUAGGGUGCUCAGAAGGUCCUGUAACCGGCUGACAUUGAACUGUAGGCAUUUGUUGUACCAUUGAAGUAGAUGUAGAGUAAGCCUGCUUCCAGCAGUUGCCAGAAUCAUCAAUAACAGGCAUCUUUUUACUAGUCGUAGUGAAAAAAUACAUACAGUUUGUGGUAAGAAAAAAACUAAAGUUUACAUCAUUUGGAGAUGUUAUUCUGUUGUGUUUUGGAAGUAUCAAAAUCAAAAAAGGAGAAAAAUUACUAUCUAAACAAAAUCUCUAUCUGAAAAGGCUGAUCUUUUCGAGUGCUUGGUUAACAGUUUUGAAGAAUGGUCUGGUUUACUUGAGAAGUUCAUUUAGUAUUAAUUGUUUACUCACUUAAAAAUAUGUAAUGUAAUAUAAUGUAAAAUAUGGUAUACAAUAACAUGACAUGCUUCACUUGCUUCAGAAAUGAUUGAUGUUUUUGAAUUGUACUGGCCAGGAAGUUUGUAGACUGGGGUUAUGGGUACUGGGGAAUAACACAACAGGGGUGAGGAGCCUUUGUCAUUACAUUAUUUUAGGGCGUUUGUCAUAUCAACAUGACUUAUGAUUGGUGAUGUUAACCUUCAACAUUUGGUUAUGGCAGAAUCUUUCAGGUUUUUCCACUGUCAAGUUACUUUCUCUCUCUUUCAUACUCUAUUCUUUGGAAGGGAGUACACACAUUUAGGGAAGAAUUAAACUUCACCUCUUGAAGAGAGAGUAUCUACAUUUUAUUAUUUAUUUAUCCAUUCAUUUGUUAUCAGUAUGGACUUAUAGAUAUUUAUUUUAUUCUUUAGGUUACCAUCCAAAGCCAUCAUUAUUUUCUUGUUCAUAAACUCUUUACUUUUUAAAUUUUAUUUUGCUUAGCACUUCAGCAUUGUAUGUAGCUUGGUACAGCGUGCAUUACCCACUUUUUUUUUGCAUUUUCUUCCUGCACACUUUUACAUUCUCAUUCUUCAAACCAGUUGAUUUAGUUUUGCUGCUCUGAUUAACACUCAAGGUCAUUUUCAUAGUCAAGUUUUAAUGUAUGCACUGUGCGAGGAGAAAUCAUAAUACAAAACUUCUUGUCAGCAGAUUGGCGAAUUUACCUGAGAAAUUGAGACUCAGGAUUAUUAGAAUGUGUGACUAGGACCAAAAGCAGGCUUCCAGGUGGCGUCUUUGGACUUUGUUAAAGACGAUGGUAAUCAGAUCUACUUGAAAAACUAAGCAAAUUGAUUUGGUUGGAAUACUCUUUUACCAAUUCUUUAACUUUCAUCUGCUAGGGGAAGUGGUAUGAUGUGUGUUCUCCACAGGAAAUGGAAAACGACAGCUGAGCCGGGUGUGCGCACAGAUUCCCAGAAGUUGUGCAUGCGUUCCUGUGGGGAGAAUUGGCAUCUUGGAAAGCAAAGACGGUUGUGAUGCAGAUUUUUGAUAUGAGGAUAAAAGGAAGCGUCAGGACAAUCAUGCCCAUAAGAACUCUAAAUCGUUCAGGUCAUGGCAUCUUAGUGAAACUGGUGAUCAAACUUUGCUCUAGUUGAUGGGCAAAAUUUCUCCUAGACUAUUCAUCAUCCCAAUUUCAUCCUAGUCAAAAAUAUUCAAAUGCCGUAAGAAAUCUUCUUAGAUUUGCACUUAGCUUUCGGAUGGACAUUUCUAUAAUGGAGAGAACUAUGUUAUAGCCCUGGUCCAAGGACAUUUCAUCUAAUGCUCAUAGACUGCGGUGUGGGUGUGGAAGGUUCCAAAGAGAAAGAACAGUCAAGUUUGCAGACACCCUGGAACAUGGAAGCAACCAAGCUUUAAUAAAGCACAGCUUUGGAUACACUCCAUGAGUCUGCACGGCUUUCACGUGAACUAGCACUUAAGACCUUGUGUAACAAAAUGGACACUGGGGACACAGCUAUAGGACAAAAAGCUACCUCAAGGUCUGGAGAAACUGAUAAAGCGUCAGGUAGAUGGAGACAGGAGCAAUCAGCUGUUAUUAAGAUGAGCACUUUUGGCAGUCAAGAAGGACAGCGGCAACCACGAAUAGAUCCUGAGCAAAUCGGAAACACAGCAUCAGCACAACUCUUUGGUUCUGGGAAACUGGCACCACCUAGUGAAGUGGCCCAGCAAGUCCCGGAGAAGCAAUACCCACCGCACUGUCCGAGUCCUUAUUCAUGCCAACACUCACUCUCUUUUCCUCAGCACUCAUUGCCACAGGGGGUCAUGCACAGCAACAAGUCCCAUCAGAGCCUAGAAGGCCCUCCGUGGCUUUUUCCUGGCCAUUUGCAAUCUGUUGCCUCUGAGGACUUACUUCCUUUUCCUAUACAUGGCCACAGUGGUGGUUAUCCUAGAAAAAAGAUUUCAAGUCUGAAUCCUGUGUAUAGCCAAUACUCCCAGAAAAGUAUCGACCAGUCUGAAGAUGCUCACAAGAAAGAGCACAAACCCAAAAAGCCCGGCAAGUACAUUUGCCCUUACUGCAGCAGGGCAUGUGCCAAACCAAGUGUACUGAAAAAGCAUAUCAGGUCCCAUACUGGGGAGCGGCCAUAUCCAUGUAUACCUUGUGGUUUCUCUUUCAAGACAAAAAGCAAUUUGUACAAGCACAGGAAGUCCCAUGCCCAUGCAAUUAAGGCUGGGUUAGUACCUUUCACAGAGUCAGCUGUAUCUAAAUUGGACCUAGAGGCUGGUUUUAUUGACGUAGAAGCAGAAAUACAUUCAGAUGGUGAACAGAGUACAGACACAGAUGAGGAAAGUUCAUUAUUUGCUGAGGCUUCUGACAAAAUGAGCCCCGGCCCUCCAAUCCCGUUGGAUAUUGCUGGCAGAGGCAGCUAUCAUGGGUCAUUGGAAGAGUCACUGGGAGGUCCGAUGAAGGUUCCCAUUCUGAUUAUCCCCAAAAGUGGGAUUCCAUUGCCUAGUGAAAGCUCUCAGUAUAUUGGCUCUGAUAUGUUAGCAAAUCCGUCUUUAAAUGCUAAAGCUGAUGACUCUCAUACAGUUAAACAGAAACUUGCACUAAGACUGUCAGAGAAAAAAGGACAAGACUCUGAGCCAUCUCUAAAUCUCCUGAGCCCGCACAGUAAAGGAAGCACUGAUUCUGGUUACUUUUCUCGCUCAGAAAGUGCAGAGCAGCAAAUAAGCCCUCCAAACACAAAUGCAAAGUCUUAUGAAGAAAUCAUCUUUGGAAAAUACGGUCGGAUUAGUCCAAGAAAUGCACUCAGUGUUACGACCACAAGUCAGGAGCGCACCACAAUGGGUAGGAAGAGCAUAAUGGAAUCAUUACCUCAUGUAAACACCAGGUUAGAUGUCAAGAUGUUUGAAGAUCCUGUAUCACAGCUGAUCCCAGGCAAAGGAGACAUUGACCCCAGUCAAACAGGCAUGCUGAAAUCCUCUAAAUUCAAUAGUGAGUCCAGACAAUCCCAGCCGAUUGUAUCAUCUAUCAGGAAUGAAGGAAAACUUUAUUCAGCAAAUUUCCAAGGCAGCAACCCAAUCCUCUUAGAAGCUCCUGUAGAUUCUUUACCCCUUAUUAGAAGCAACUCAAUGCCAACUUCUUCAGCAACUAAUUUAAGUAUCCCCUCUUCUUUGAGAGGAAGUCACUCAUUUGAUGAAAGGAUGACUGGUUCAGAUGAUGUGUUCUAUCCAGGGACAGUAGGAAUACCCCCUCAGCGCAUGUUAAGAAGACAAGCAGCAUUUGAGUUGCCUUCAGUACAGGAGGGGCAUGUAGAGGUAGAGCAUCAUGGCAGGAUGUCAAAAGGUACCACAGGUUCAUCCCUGAAGGAAAAGAAAUUGAUUCCUGGGGAUAGGGUUGGGUAUGACUAUGAUGUAUGUCGGAAACCCUAUAAGAAGUGGGAAGACUCUGAACCACCAAAGCCAAGCCACAGGGAUAUUUCUUUCUUAAGUUCUUUAAAACAUGGUGGAGAGUAUUUUAUGGAUCCCUUGGUGCCAUUGCAGGGAGUGCCAACCAUGUUUGGAACUACAUGUGAAAAUAGAAAACGCCGGAAAGAGAAGAGUGUAGGAGAUGAGGAAGACACCCCCAUGAUUUGCAGCAGCGUAGUAAGCACUCCCAUGAGCAUAAUGACUCCAGAUUAUGACCCCAAAUUGCAGAUGCAGGAAGGAGUAAGGAGUGGAUUUGCCAUGGUUGGACAUGAGAACCCUGCUCAUGGUCACUCUGAGCGCUUUGACCCAUGUCGACCCCAACUGCAAUCCGGAAGUCCAUCUCUUGGGUCAGAGGAGUUGCCCUCCGCCACCGAUUCAGACAAGAUGUCAGACCUAGGUGGCAGGAAGCCUCCUGGGAAUGUGAUUUCCGUGAUUCAGCACACAAACUCGCUGAGUCGACCCAAUUCAUUUGAAAGGUCUGAGUCUGCCGAACUCGUGGCUUGUGCACAGGAUAAAGCCUCUUCACCUUCUGAGACUUGUGACAGUGAGAUUUCAGAAGCCCCAGUGAGUCCAGAGUGGGCUGCACAGGGGGACAGUGCAGAAAGUGGGGGGAAACCGUCCCCUUCUCAGCAGGUACAGCAGCAGUCCUAUCACACACAGCCCAGGUUGGUUCGCCAGCACAACAUUCAAGUCCCUGAGAUCCGUGUGACAGAAGAACCUGAUAAACCAGAGAAGGAGAAAGAAGCACAGAGUAAGGAACCAGAAAAACCUGUGGAGGAAUUUCAGUGGCCCCAGAGAAGUGAGACCCUUUCCCAGCUCCCAGCUGAGAAGUUGCCACCUAAAAAGAAGCGUUUGCGACUUGCAGAUAUGGAGCACUCUUCUGGGGAGUCCAGCUUUGAGUCUACAGGAACCGGCCUCUCUCGCAGCCCCAGUCAAGAAAGCAACUUAUCCCACAGCUCCAGUUUUUCAAUGUCUUUUGAAAGAGAAGAAACCAUUAAGCUUGCUGCACCUCCAAGGCAGGAUGAGUUUGGGAAGCAUUCCGAGUUUCUGACCGUCCCUGCUGGCUCAUACUCAUUGUCUGUCCCUGGUCAUCACCACCAGAAAGAGAUGCGACGCUGCUCGUCUGAGCAGAUGCCUUGUCCUCACCCAACAGAAGUCCCUGAAAUUCGGAGCAAGUCAUUUGAUUAUGGAAACCUGUCUCAUGCUCCCAUGGCAGGAGCGCCGGCCUCAACAUUAUCACCGUCACGAGAGAGGAAGAAAUGCUUCUUGGUUCGGCAGGCUUCCUUCAGUGGUUCCCCAGAGAUUGCCCAAGGUGAUGCUGGUAUAGAUCAGAGUGUGAAGCAGGAGCAGAUGGAGCACCUGCACGCAGGCCUCAGGUCCACGUGGCACCACGGCCCGUCUGCUGUGCUUCCUCCCCUGCAAGCCGAAGACCCUGCGAAGCAGGUUGUGGGUCCUUGUGCUCAGCUGAGUACAGGGUCCCUCCACCUGGCCCAGCAACAGAUCAUGCACAUGGACAGUCAGGAAUCUUUGAGAAACCCCUUGAUACAACCCACGUCUUAUACUGCCAGCAAGCACUUAUCUGAACAGCCACAUUUAUUUCCCCAUCAAGAGACGAUUCCAUUUUCUCCAAUUCAGAAUGCCUUGUUUCAGUUUCAGUAUCCUACUGUCUGUAUGGUUCACCUGCCAGCUCAGCAGCCUCCCUGGUGGCAGGCCCAUUUCCCACCUCCCUUUGCUCCACACCCUCAGAAGAGCUAUGGCAAACCUUCUUUCCAGUCAGAAAUUCAUCCUAGCUACCCCUUAGAGCACGUUUUAGAGCACAGUGGGAAGAAAUCUGCAGAUUACGCACAUGCAAAAGAUCAAACGUACCCAUGUUAUUCAGGAACAUCAGGGCUACACUCAAAGAGUCUUCUUCCAAAGUUCCCCUCAGACCAGAGCACUAAGUCAAUGGAUACUCCUUCUGAGCAGCUUUUUCAAGAAGAUUUUGCCUCGGCAAAUGCUGGGCCUUUACAGUCCUUACCAGGAGCAGUGGUUCCUGUUAGGAUCCAGACCCAUGUACCGUCUUACGGGAGUGUCAUGUACACAAGCAUUUCUCAGAUUCUUGGGCAGAACAGCCCUGCGAUUGUCAUAUGCAAAGUUGACGAGAAUAUGACACAAAGAACACUGGUAACCAAUGCAGCCAUGCAAGGGAUAGGGUUUAACAUCGCCCAGGUGUUAGGGCAGCAUGCAGGCUUGGAAAAAUACCCCAUUUGGAAAGUACCUCAGACCUUACCCCUUGGCUUAGAAUCCUCAAUCCCAUUAUGUUUACCUUCCACCUCUGACAGUGUCGCCACCCUUGGAGGUAGCAAGCGCAUGCUUUCUCCAGCCAGCAGCUUAGAACUUUUCAUGGAAACAAAGCAGCAGAAAAGGGUGAAAGAGGAAAAGAUGUAUGGACAGAUUGUUGAGGAGCUCAGUGCUGUGGAGCUAACCAACUCCGACAUCAAAAAGGAUCUCUCCCGUCCACAGAAGCCCCAGUUGGUUCGGCAAGGCUGUGCUUCUGAGCCAAAGGAUGGCUCACAGUCAGGGUCAUCUUCCUUCUCCUCACUGUCACCCUCCUCAUCUCAAGACCACCCGUCUGCCGGCACGCCCUCGAGGGAGCCAUUCCCACCCAGCAGGGAGAUGCUUUCCAGCUCCCGGGCACCACCUCCGGGUCAGAGGCCCAGUGGGCCUUCUGAAAGCAAAGAGUCAUCAGAUGAGUUAGACAUUGAUGAGACAGCAUCUGAUAUGAGCAUGAGCCCACAAAGUUCUUCAUUGCCACCAGGGGACAGUCAGCCCGAAGGGCAAGGCAAGGGCCAGAAGCUGCCUGUUGGCAUGCUGGUCCAGAUGGCAUCUGGCCCAAGUGGGAAAGUGGCAAACUCAACUCUUCUUUUCACGGAUGUGGCAGAUUUCCAGCAGAUUCUUCAGUUCCCCAGUCUUCGGACAACAACUACUGUGAGUUGGUGCUUCUUGAAUUAUACAAAACCCAAUUAUGUGCAACAGGCCACCUUCAAAUCCUCGGUGUAUGCUUCAUGGUGCGUUAGUUCCUGUAACCCAAACCCAUCCGGACUGAACACCAAGACCACUCUGGCUCUUCUGAGGUCCAAGCAAAAAAUGACCGCAGAAAUUUACACUCUGGCUGCUAUGCAUAGACCUGGAACCGGCAAGCUGACAUCAUCAAGUGCUUGGAAACAGUUUGCUCAGAUGAAACCUGAUGCGUCAUUUUUAUUUGGCAGCAAACUGGAAAGGAAACUAGUGGGAAAUAUCUUAAAGGAAAGAGGGAAAGGAGAUAUUCAUGGAGAGAAAGAUAUUGGAUCCAAACAGACUGAGCCAAUCCGAAUUAAAAUUUUUGAAGGAGGGUAUAAAUCAAAUGAAGACUACGUAUAUGUUAGAGGACGUGGACGUGGAAAGUACAUCUGUGAGGAAUGUGGGAUUCGCUGUAAGAAGCCAAGCAUGCUUAAAAAACACAUCCGCACUCAUACUGAUGUACGGCCUUACGUAUGCAAGUUAUGUAACUUCGCCUUCAAAACAAAAGGAAACCUAACGAAGCAUAUGAAAUCUAAAGCACACAUGAAAAAAUGCCUGGAGCUGGGAGUCUCAAUGACAUCAGUAGAUGAUACCGAAGCUGAGGAAGCAGAAAAUAUGGAAGAUUUGCACAAAGCAACUGAGAAGAACAGCAUGUCCAGCAUUUCAACUGAUCAUCAGUUCUCAGAUGCCGAGGAAUCGGAUGGUGAAGAUGGAGAUGAGAAUGAUGAUGAUGAUGAAGAUGAUGAUGACUUUGAUGACCAGGGAGAUUUGACACCAAAAACAAGAUCGAGAAGCACCAGUCCCCAGCCUCCUAGGUUCUCUUCCUUGCCUGUGAAUGUUGGCGCUGUACCCCAUGGGGUUCCUUCAGAUGGUUCGCUGGGACAUUCUUCAUUGAUCAGUUAUUUGGUUACUUUGCCGAGUAUUCAGGUUACUCAGCUCAUGACACCAAGUGACUCAUGUGAAGAUACCCAGAUGACAGAAUACCAGAGGUUAUUCCAGAGCAAAAGUACAGACUCAGAGCCAGACAAAGACAGGUUAGACAUACCUAGUUGUAUGGAAGAAGAAUAUAUGCUGUCUUCAGAGCCUAGCUCUUCACCAAGGGACUUCUCACCCUCAAGCCGUCAUUCCUCACCAGGAUAUGAUUCUUCACCCUGUCAAGAUAAUUCACCAAAGAGGUAUCUGAUACCCAAAGGAGAUUUAUCACCCAGAAGACAUUUGUCACCUAGGAGAGAACUGUCACCAUUAAGGCAUCUUUCACCAAGAAAGGAAGCUGCAUUGAGAAGAGAGAUGUCACAAAGAGAUGUUUCCCCGAGAAGACAUUUGUCCCCAAGGAGGCCACUGUCACCUGGGAAAGAUAUCAGUGCAAGGAGAGACCUCUCCCCCAGAAGAGAGAGAAGAUACCUGACCACCUUAAGAGCACCAUCACCCAGAAGGGCUUUAUACCAUAAUGCGCCAUUGUCCAUGGGGCAGUAUUUGCAAGCAGAGCCAAUUGUAUUGGGGCCUCCUAAUUUAAGAAGAGGAUUACCUCAGGUUCCUUACUUCAGUCUCUACGGAGACCAAGAAGGUGCUUAUGAACAUCAAGGCUCCAGCCUUUUCCCUGAGGGUCCUAAUGACUAUGUCUUCAGUCAUCUUCCACUCCACUCUCAGCAACAAGUGCGAGCUCCUAUUCCCAUGGUGCCAGUUGGUGGGAUCCAAAUGGUUCACUCCAUGCCGCCGGCCCUUUCCGGUUUACAUCCUCCACCCACCUUGCCUCUGCCAAUGGAGGGCUCUGAGGAGAAGAAAAGGGCUUCAGGGGAGUCCUUCUCUAAGGAUCCCUAUGCUAUUUCUAAGCAGCACGAGAAGCGAUCACCCCACGUCUUGCAGUCAUCUGGUCCACCUAGCACUCCUUCCUCUCCUCUGCUAUUGAUGAAACAGAGCACUUCAGAAGACAGCCUAAAUGCAACAGAGAGGGAACAGGAGGAAAAUAUCCAGACUUGUACAAAAGCCAUUGCCUGUCUACGGAUUGCCACAGAAGAGGCCGCUCUGCUUGGGGCAGAUCAGCCAGUGCGGGUGCAGGAGCCCCAACAGAAACCCUUGGAAAGCGCACAUGCUAGCAUUAGACACUUUAGUGGACCUGAGCCAGGUCAGCCCUGUACCUCAGCUACCCACCCUGACUUGCCUGAUGGUGAAAAGGACAGUUUUGGUACAUCACAGACCGCAUUAGCUCAUUCCACAUUUUAUAGCAAGAGUUGUGUGGAUGGCAGACAGGCGGGCUUUCAGUGCAGCAGUGAAUUAUCUUCAAGCCCAGAGGGAGGUGACGAACCUUCGUCAGGAAAGAGUAAACUACAUUGAUCUAAGAUGCAUGGAGACUUUCAUUUACACAUUUUCCCAUUUUUUUGUUUUUCUAGAAAUAGAGGUAAUCAAGUUGAUAGCAUGCCUGUCCUAAGUUACAGUAGUUUGCUCUUAUAUAUACUUUUGUUAUAUCAAAAGAAUUAGGUAAAAUAACAAGUCAUCAUGAGCCUGACCAAAACAAAAUUUGAAAUUAACCUAUUGGGUCUGGUACUUUUAAAAUUGUACAGAUGUUUGUGCCUUUUCUUUACUUUGCUUAUAUUCUUAUAAGCAUUUUUUAGCAGUAAUUUGUACAUAUUUUAGAAUUUGUGUAUCUGCUUUGUAAUAAAUGUAAUUUCUUUCCCUUUUUGGACACUUGGAUCUAAAUGAUGUAAACAAAACAGCAUCAAUAUAUAUGUGAGGUUGCACUAAAACAUAUUUUUAUAUGAUUAAAACUGAACAGCUUUUAUGUACAGCUCUGAUUCUGUAAUACUAAUAUUUAUUUACUUUGUUUCAUAAAUUGUACAUUUUUUCUUAAUGUUGUGGAUUGCUUUUCUAUGUGAAGCAUGGGAUUUACUGUUGCGUAACUAGAAAAAAAUGUAUAUUGUAAACAAGAUAUUUAAACUAGAGUAUCUUAUUCUGCACUUAUGCAUUAGUUAAGGAAAAAAAAGAUAAAGGAUGUAUCAGUCAGUUCUUAACUCUUGUAAAUUUUUUUGUCCCUUGUUUGCUGGAUUGACUAUAACUUAAGUGCUGAUUGUGAUUUUAAACUGAUAGUACCAUAAAGCAUUAAACAAUGUGCUAUUGUGAGUUUUUUCAAAGCUUUAUAAAUCAGUUAUAAAUAAUAUUAAAAGUAUUUGGUCUUAUGUGAACAUGUUGAUCUAUAUACUCAUCUAAAAAUAUGGGAAAACAUUCCGCCCCAUGUAAAUAUGUACAAGUGCAUCACUGGUACAAUUUUAUGUAACUCAGUUGGACACUAGGUUGCCCAGACCUAUGCUAGAGUGUCUUUAAAAAUUAAAGUGACAAAGCACAUGGGACUGUGUAAAGCUUGGUUAUCGGCCGGCCCGGUGGCUUGGCAGGCAGUGCUGUGCGCUGCCGGUGGAGAAGACCUGGGCUUAGAAAUCUGCUUGGUUCUUGCUGCACAAGAUGGCGACUGGAGCUAAGGCUAGUACAGAAGGGUUGCGCUUGGACUCUGAGGGUGGGGUGUGGAAGCAGGGAUAGGGGAUGGAGACCUGCUCACCAGCUCUUCCUGUCAGCCAGUCCACACGGUAACAGGGUUGGCAUUAGCUUUAGGGGAAGCCACUUGACCCUCCUGAAUGGGGAAGAGUGUCACACUCCUGGCUACCUCAGGGGGAACCGGGGAAAGAAGCUUUCAAGGGAAGAGAACUUGUUGUGGGAGGAUGACGUGUUCUGUAUAUAACAUUCAGAAUGGCUUUUGGUUGGUGUUUGAAGGUGGGAGAGCCUUUGGUUGUAGGUCCUUAAGAGUGGAAUAGAGGGAGGGCAUGCCACAACAUGUGCACAUACACGCACAUGUGUGCACACAUGCAUAUACAACCUGGGUUAUCUUUGUGCUAUAUAAUGGAUUAUUCUGUGAAACCAAGUUUGUAUAUUGAAUUACAUUAAGGAGUGUUCUUUAAAAAGAGAAAUAAAUAUACAAUUACAUGCUU